GUUUGUUUACCUUUGGUUUAUUACAUCGUUUACAUACAUCGCAUUAUAUUAAAAUAUUAUUAUUGGCUAUUUCUAACGUAAUAUUGAAUAAAGAACGCCGCAAUGGCCCGCCGGUUGGCCAAUCUGAACCCUUACGAGCUGCACAAGCAUCUGAUCAACGAAUACAUCCUAACAAAGCCGGGAAUAACAAAGCAUCUGCAACGCGACACUUCCCGGGACAAAACCGAUCACGAUGUGAUUCGAGAGAACCAUCGGUUCCUGUGGGAAGGUGAGGAAGUGGAUUCAUGGGAAAAGCAACUAGCCAAAAAGUAUUACGAUAAACUGUUCAAGGAGUACUGUAUAGCUGAUCUGAGCCGGUACAAGGAGAACAAGGUCGCAAUGCGAUGGAGAAUCGAGAAAGAAGUAGUUGACGGUAAAGGUCAGUUUGCCUGCGGGAGUCGGGUGUGCGAGGAACGGGAAGCGUUGCGUAGUUGGGAGGUCAAUUUCGCUUACACGGAACAUGGAGCUAAGAAAAAUGCCCUAGUCAAGUUGCGGUUGUGUCCUAAAUGUUCGGAUAAGUUGAAUUAUCGCUCCAAAAAGCGCGAGAUCAAACGAUUGAAGAAACGUCAGCGCAAUCAAAAGCUAGCCCAGAGAAGUUCAGACGAUGGAGUGUUGCUUGAGCGGCUUGAGGAUGCUCGCGGUGUAUCAUCCAAAGACGACGGAGAAUAUGAUUUAUCACAUCCGGAGGAACCCUCUAAUCUCUCUAACGAAUAUGAAGUGCCCAGCACAUCUACGUUGGCAGGGAAUAGUUGUUGGGCUAACGGGCCAGAUAUCGAAGAAAAGACUAGAGAAGAGGAAUUCGACGAAUAUUUGGAAGAUUUACUACUAUGAUAAAAGACCAUAAAAACUUUAAGCAUUGAAUAGAGGAUUGGUCAUGGAAUUUGCGUUUCGACUUCGUGUGAUCAGAAUCCGACACUAGCUUUGUGACAGGAACCAUUACUUGUGUUCGUAAGCAGGUUGGUCCCCGUGGAGUCUAUCCGAAAUGCAAAACUAAUUUUAA